AUGAUUGCCAUUUCCGAAAAAUACGAUGGAGAGGAUUUGCAAGAAGAUGACAGCGAUGAAGAUAUUCCCAAUCGAACUCAUCCAGUUCAAAUGCGGCAACGACCAGCGCGGCGGGCAGGAGAUGCUCAAGAAAUAAAGAAACGGCUGUCACUUCCGAACGGAAUCCAACUUCCGAACGAGUUCCUGGCUCGCUUCUCAAAUUUGGAGAAUAAUUUCGGCGGUCAGAAUCUCACCCGCCAGCGAAGGAGAAGCUCUUUGUCUGAAAUUGGCUUUGGCAAGCUCGAAAGCUACACAAAGCUCGACAAGCUUGGCGAGGGAACUUACGCUACUGUCUAUCGAGGGAAAUCAAAGUUGACGGAUAAAAUCGUGGCGCUGAAAGAAAUCCGGCUUGAGUACGAAGAAGGUGCGCCCUGCACUGCCAUUAGAGAAGUUUCAUUAUUGCGAGAUUUGAAACAAGCCAACAUCGUCACACUCCACGACAUCAUCCACACGCCAAAAUCACUCACGCUCGUCUUUGAAUAUUUAGAGCGAGACUUGAAAACGUACAUGGACGAUAUGGUUGGUGUGAAACUGGCGAUGAACAAUGUUAGAAUAUUCCUAUUUCAAUUGCUUCGAGGGUUAACUUACUGUCACAGAAGAAGGAUUCUUCAUAGAGACUUGAAACCGCAAAAUCUGCUUAUAAACAAUCAAGGUGAACUGAAACUAGCAGAUUUUGGCCUCGCCCGAGCAAAAAGUCUUCCAACAAAAACGUACUCCAACGAAGUUGUGACAUUGUGGUACAGGCCUCCAGAUGUCCUACUGGGGUCGACCGAGUACACAACGAAUAUUGAUAUGUGGGGCGUCGGGUGUAUAUUUUAUGAAAUGGUAACUGGCCGAGCUCUCUUCCAGGGACAAAAUGUCAAGGAGCAGCUUCAAGUCAUCUUCAAGAAGCGGGGUACGCCGACUGAAGAUUCGUGGCCGGGCAUCUCGCAGAAUAGUACUUUCGAUUCCUAUAAGUUCAAAAAAUAUUCGAUGGAUAAGCUAACAAAUACAUGCCCGAGGCUAGAUACCUAUGGGCGCCAGUUGCUUGACGCAUUCUUAGAGUACGAUAUUUCGAAACGAAUAUCGGCCAAAGAUGCGUUGCAUCACGAGACCUUCCGACCCUUCGGCGAAAAUGUGUAUAAAUUAAAAGAUGAGGAAUCUAUCUUCGACUGUGCAGAUAUUCAUCUGACGCCGAACCCGGGAGCCUCGCGCUCUGGGAACUCAAAAGGACGACGGCAAAGUAUGCUUUUCUAA